UUUUUUAAAAUUCUCUGGACAGUGGACAUCGUUACCUACAUUUGAAAAAAAUAAUAAUGUGUUAACUUAUAAAAUUAAACCAUAAUUAAAUUUGUGAUUGAAAUUGUAAAGCUGGGUAAAUGUUUAAGUUAUAUGUUAUUAUUAUCAAUAAUAAUAAUUAACUGAAUUUUAAAAGUCUACGAUUUACAGCCCAUCAACUAAAAAGGUUGAAUACCCCUGGUCAAUUGACUAUUAUGUAGGAGGGUUUAUAAAUGUAUCCUUUAUCAUCAAGUUUUAUGAAGAAUAAAGACAUUCAAGAAAUGAACAUAAUUCCCAAAUCACAUAUUAUAAAUAAAAUUAUACAUAAUAUUAUUUUUAAAUCUAUUGAACAGUGGAAUUUGACAUUUGACAUGUAAGCAUUUUGUCUGAGUACAAUUUCAUAUUAUUAUUUUUUUUAUAUACAACCGUCUAUCAUUUUCUCAUUUCUCAUUAACACAGGAUGACAACGUUGAACACGCCAAACACGUGAGUAUGGUGCGUUAUGCAAUUCAAAUAUUGUUAGAGUUUACGGUGUGCACUGCAGUUUCAGAUGGUCCGAUUCAUGAUUAAAAUGUCAUAGUUGACUAUAAUAACACGUUCUGUCAGUCGACACUCGUCACUCAAGACUAAACGACUAAACGUGCAAUCUGUCCGGAUCGUUCACGAUGGCCGACGACAAUGACGGGAUUCCGCCCAAUGUUCUUGACAUACUCAAGACUGCGUCAGAAGAAAUUCUGGAAAAACAGGACGGAUUCUAUUUUACGGUGGAUAACGGACCCGAAGAAAACGUUAAUGAAACGUUUUCUUAUGAUGAAGCCGAGCUGGCUGAGUUUAUCAACUUCGAUAUGAUCGGAGAGGAAGGUGACAAUCUGGAGUCUUUUAACCAUCUCAUCACUGAUACAAACCACAUAGAUCUUACUGGUGAUCGCAAGGUGUUAAAAAUAUUACUGGAGCCGGGAAUCGGUCAAGUUGUACCAGAAAACUAUGUAGUUUUGAUACAUUAUAUUGCUUAUAUAUCUAACCUUCAAGAACCAUUUGAUGUGACAUAUCUUCAAGGCAGAAAACCUAAACGUUUUACGUUGGGUAAUGGUGAACUCUUACCGGGAUUAGAAAUCGGUAUAAAAACAAUGACUAUUGGUGAAAACGCAAGGUUUAUAGUAAAGCCAGAAUUGGCCUAUAGAGAACUUGGUUGCCCACCUCGCAUACCACCAAACGCAACUAUUCUGUUUGAUGUCCAUCUUGUUUCCUAUUUGUCACCUGAAAGUAUAUUAAACUUCGAUAGAGAAAAUCGUGAUCCUGAUGUAUUUAAUAAAAAUCUUGCACAAGUUAAAAAAUUGCAUCUUGAAGCUAAUGAACAAUUUAAACUUAAAAAUAUGGAUAAAGCUGUAUUUAAAUAUAAUCGGGCACUGGAACUACUGCAUAUAGCUGGAUGCAAAAAUGACAAUGAAGAAAUAGAAAUGAUGAAAUAUUUAAAUAAGCUUUAUACAAAUUUAAGUUUGUGCUACUUAAAACAAUGCGCUUUUAAUAAAGUAUGCCGUAUGGGCAUAGAAGCAUUGAAAUAUUCAGAAAGAUUUUCUAAACACUCAGCAAAAUUAUUUUUCAACUGGGGAAAAGCACUACGCCUUUUAAAAGAUUUUACAGAAGCGAAGAAAAAACUUCAAAUUGCAUUGAAACUUGAACCUCAAAAUGAAACGAUACAUGGUGAAAUUCAUAAAUUAGAAAAAGAUAAAGAAUUUCAUCGUAACGUUGAGUUAAUUACAUUUAAAGAAGACGACAAUACUGAUGAUAAUGAACGGAUGGCUCCGGAAUUUUGGGAAGUAUUCAAUACACAUUUAACUGAGUUUUAUACUGGUAAUGAUGAUGUAUUGACAGUUAUAUUGAACAAAAAUCCUGAUGACAUUGAGGUAGUCAAAAAUAAGGCAAGUGCUUAUGACCUCAAAGUUCACGUAAUUACAAAAGCUGGUGUUCAGACAAAUUGUAUUGCGAUCCAAAAAUAACUAAUAGUUAAAAUAAAACAAGUUAAUAUUAUUUGAUACAUUUUGUAUUCAUAUUUAAGUUGAUUUCUGAAUUUGUACAUUUAUUAUAUUUUAUUUAAAAAUUAAAUAAAUGAAUCUAAAUUCGGUUAAUUUUCAGUAAUUCAAGGCGGGUGUGCAAACUGAGUAUCAAUAAUAAAAACUUUUUACACAAAUGUAUCAGUUGUGUCAUUAUGCAUAAAAAGUAGUCAAAACUGUUAAUUGUGUAAUUUAUGUUAUCCAAGUAUAAUUUUUCAUGUAACUUGUUUGGGUGAAGAGAUUGUAACUUAUAAUUUUGACUAUGAAAAUUUUUGUAUACUAUCAUUUUUAAAAAAAAUAAACCAAAACAAAUCAAUCAACA